CCGGAGGCGUGGUAGGUAAUCGAGCGAAUGGACGUCGGCGCGCUGAUUAAUCACAAUUUCAUGUUUCGGCUCCCGAGAUUCUCUCGAAAUGGGGCUUCACGCGACGGCGAUGGAGGCGAUAACGGCGUACACGGGGCUCUCGCCGGCGGCAUUCUUCACGAUCCUCGCCCUGAUGGUCGUGGUCUACAAAGCGGUGUGCGGCAUGUUCGUUGACCCCGACGAUCUCGACAAGAAGGCCGCGGUGAAUGCCACGCCGCUCGUUCCCGCCGAGCCGGUCCAGCUUGGAGACGUGACGGAGGAGCAGCUGCGAGCUUACGACGGCUCCGAUCCGAGCAAGCCGCUUCUCAUGGCGAUCAAGGGCCAGAUCUACGAUGUCUCUCGCUCUAGGAUGUUUUAUGGUCCAGGGGGACCAUAUGCCUUGUUUGCUGGAAGAGAUGCGAGCAGGGCAUUAGCAUUAAUGUCGUUUGAUCCAAGAGAUCUUACAGGGAACAUUGAAGGCCUGAGUGAGUCUGAGCUUGAAGUUUUGCAGGAUUGGGAAUACAAGUUCAUGGAGAAGUAUGUGAAAGUUGGGCAAAUUGUUCCUGAUGGAACAAGAACUGAUGUCAGGGACAAAAGUCAGUGAGAGCUAAGGAAAAAAAAAAGGAUGGAAACCGAGAAGCAGAAUAGAAAGUGAAUCCCUGGAUGUAGAUGUGAGCUCGCUUCAUUUUCACACUUAUUCCUGGUAUGAGAUGAGAUGAUGUUGAGGUAUUCCUUGAUGAGCUUGAGCUGAAUAUGUACUGUAUGUAAUUGUUGCCACAAUAAUGUAGCUUGAAAGUAAUUUAUGUCAAGCAAGGCGUACUUCAUAUCAGUUGGACAAAAUGCCUUUGGUCUUCAAUGAAUCGUAGCCGCUUCUAUUAGCUUUUCACGAAGGGCUAGAUGAA